AUGAAUCUGGUUAGUUGGAGUGAUGAGUGGCAUCUUUUCCUAGAAACAAUCAAACGACAAGAUUUCGAACACGUGUUAGAAAAAUCGCAUCGCCGUGAUCUGUUUCUUACAGUGAAAUGCGUAGCGAUAACUUCGAUAAGUACAACGUUCGGAGCAUUGGUUGGGGGACCGAUUGGUGCACUAGCGGGUGCCACAACAGCAACAAUGAUCGGCUACGGUGCGAAUAUACGAUAUAAAUCAUUGUAUGAACUGAUUAAACAAUUGACAACUGAAGAGAAAUUUCAAUUAUUGACAAAAAUCAAAGCACUGCUAGGGGGAUUGUUCGACGAACAAACGAUUAUUUUAUGUGCAGUUCUUGUCGCAAAAGAAAUCUAUCGUUUUUUCAAUGAUAUGAAAGGAAACACCAAUUAUCUAUUGUCAUCAUCUAACAAUUUUAUAAUUAUUGAAGGUUUAGAUGAAUAA